CAUCACACCAUUCAUAUUCAUCAAAACAGCAUUAGGCAAACUGCGUUGCUGCAGUCGUACAGUACUGGGACUGUAAACGACAAACCCACCCUAUUUCUUAGGAACUUUAAAAGGCGGCGCUUUGGUUAGCGAUAUUAUUACUUGGGAAGUCUGGGUGAUGGUCUAUUGUGUUCUCGAGAAAGGAAGUUUAAGAUGUCCUGUUGAUAUUCCACACGAAUCUUUGAAUCCCCUGCUGCAAAACAUUCCGAAGACUGUUACUGAUUCACUUUUUCUUAUCAGAAACUUGACUUCUUUGCACAAUUCUGAACCAUGUCGUUUGUCCAGAUUGUGUGCGCUCUUAGUGCUAGACUGCUCUUCAUUCUUCACUCUUUGAUAGCAGUUGGCCGAGUUAUUUUUGUUAAACAUUCUUGGUAUUCAUUUCUUACACUUCUAAACCUGCCGCUUGUAAUUGAAAUGGUCAUAACGCUGAAAAGAAGGAGAGGCAAAGAUUACAAAUGGUUUUCUCCAGCAAUCCUACUUUAUCUGAUCAGUGUAAUCCCAUCCAUUUGGAUUUUGGAGGAUCACUAUUACCGCUAUGAUAUAGAAGACACUACGAAUCUAACCCGGAAAUGUCAACAACUGGAUGAAUCCAACAUAUCUACAAAUCCAGGAAGUCAGACCAGAGGAAUUCCACACCUUGACAAGGGUCUUCGUCUGCUGAACUCUACGUGCUCUGAUGCUUGGAAGUUAGGACUUCACCAGACUUUAUUGUUGAUGCUGAUCAUUGGAAAGUGGCUUCUUCCAAUUGGAAUUGGCAUCUCCAAAGACCAGUUGUCACAGCUCCUGCUUAUCUUUGUUGGAAUUGCAGCAGAUAUACUUGAAUUCACAAGUGAGACACUUUCUGAGGACAAAGUCAAGACAAACACAGUUCUGGUGUAUACGAUUCUUGCUGUAUGGACAUGGAGUAUGUUACAGUUUCCUCUUCAUGUUGCAGUAAUAAACACGGAGUCUUCAGAUGCCUGCCAAAACCCACCAUCUUCAUCGCUGCUGUCCACCCACAAGGCAGACAUAUGGAACAUUAUAAUAAGCCUCUUUAUACACGAUGGUCCAUUCUUUGUAGUGCGCAUGGUGGUGAUGUGCUCAUAUGGAGUCAUACACCAGAUGCUGGUGUUCUUCACCAUUAAAAACUGCUUGGUGGUCACACUACAGCUGUAUCGCCUAUACGUGAUUAUUGAAGAGUACCGGACUUCUCACUAGAGCAGCAUGAGUAGCAGAGGAACGUAGCUUACUUAUUGUUAAUUUCUAAUAUGUAUUUAAAAAACCGUAGGGAAGUACACUUUUAAUUGUAUAAUGCAAUUUUUACAGUGUUGUAAACUUGAAUUUGUGCACUAGUGUAGUAAGUUUGCAUGACAAAUUUGACUAUUUUACUCCUAUAUGAAAGUUGGUUGUUGAACCCGUUUCACCCUAAUGAAAGUUUACCAUUGUAAAAGCAUAGUAAAACAGAGUGGAAACAUGGUAAAGCAGAAAGGUAUGGGAAUGCAAACAGAUGUAUAGAAAAAACAUGGUAAUAGUAAAUGCAUGGAAAAAGCAUGGCAGAACUAAAUGAUGAUGCAUAACAAUUAAACACAAACAUAGUAAAGCUGGAGGUGUUCCUGAUGUAUUGGUGCCAUCUACCCAUUUCAAUAUUUUGAUUCUAAUUUCAAUAAAGGCUGAUUAUUAUUAAAUGUAUUAACAUUU